GUGCCGUUCCGUCACAACGUGAGCGCGAUAUUAUUAAUACGACUCGUUCUCGCGAAUGCUCAAUACGCCACGAAAAUAAAUCGUAAGAUUUUUUUGAUUUUUUUUAAAGCCCCCGUAAAGUAUAAUACUAUUCCAAGAAUUGUGUGGGUGUUUUUUUAAAUUUUAACAUUUUAGAAAAUUGUAGUCGUCCUAUUCUAUUUUUACUCCAGUUUUGCUAGUUAAUACUACGAGUUACACACGUGUAAUAAUAAACGAAUUAUAAUUCGAAACAUCAUUGUAUUUCUAUAUGAUUUAUUGUUACUCUCAAUUCUCUUGAAUUUUGACCAGUAACAAACUUAAUAAUAAAUGACGUAUUUUAUUGGAUAUGGCAUUACUCACGGGACUUGAAGUGCAUUAAGUUUGUUUUGCACCGUAAUAAAAUAACUUGUUUUAAAUGGAUUUAAAACUUUUGAAUUCAGACAUUAGCACUCGCGUGAAAAUUAUUUUGAUUGAUGAUAAUCAUUAUUAAAUAAUAUUAUAGUAUAAAUACCAAAUAAUGCACUCGAUGGACGAUGCGAAACAAUAUGGAAUUAUCGAGAAACGGCUCAAAUAUAAAUAACGGAUACAAAAAGCAACGUUAAACAUUAAGUCAUCAAGGUUCCGGAGCGGGCCAUGAACGAAUCGGAUUUUGGCGGGCCAAACUCGACCAGUAACGGAACUGACGGCGUGGCGUGGCCCGACAGCAACCAGUUCGAGCUGCCAUGGUGGCACCAGCUGGCGUGGACUGUGCUGUUUGUACCAAUGAUCAUGGUGGCCACGGGCGGCAAUCUGAUCGUCAUUUGGAUAGUCAUGACCAACAAGCGGAUGCGGAACGUGACCAACUACUUUCUGGUGAACCUGUCCAUCGCGGACGCCAUGGUGUCGACACUCAACGUGUCCGUAAACUUUAGCUAUAUGCUGACCAGCAACUGGACGUUCGGCACGGCCUACUGCAAGAUCAGCCAGUUCGUUGCCGUGCUGUCCAUAUGCGCUAGUGUGUUCACCCUGAUGGCAAUUUCCAUCGACAGGUACAUAGCAAUAAUUCACCCUCUAAGGCCACGUCUGGGUCGGAAGACGACGCUGAUGAUAGCCACCAGCAUUUGGGUGGUGGGUACGAUACUGUCCAUACCAAACCUGAUAUUCUUCACUACGCACACGGAGCUGUUUCCCAACGGCGAUCAGCGGGUCAUAUGCUACGCCGAGUGGCCAGACGGAAUCACUACGAAUAGCUUCCAGGAAUACGUUUAUAAUGUUUCGUUUAUGAUAAUUACAUAUUUCAUUCCUAUUGGACUGAUGGGUUUCACCUACGCUAUGAUCGGUCACGAGCUGUGGGGAAGUCAGAGCAUCGGAGAAUGUACACAGAGGCAGCUAGAGCAUAUCAAGUCCAAGAGAAGAGUUGUGAAAAUGAUGAUCGUUGUAGUUACGAUUUUCGCCAUCUGUUGGUUGCCAUAUCACAUUUACUUCAUUGUGACAUCUCAUAUGCCGGAAUUAACUAACGCACCGUACAUACAAGACGUAUAUUUGGCCUUUUACUGGCUAGCAAUGUCCAAUUCUAUGCACAAUCCUAUCGUGUACUGUUGGAUGAACUCCAGAUUCCGUCAAGGAUUUAAGCAGUUCUUUUCUUUCGUACCAUGCAUCAAUGUGAGAACCGGCAGCCUGAUCCGACGGGAAGUUGUCACCAGCAGGCACCGUUUGCAUACCCUUGAACCACCUUUGCACCGACAACGGAAGAGGUCACCUGAAAGUACCGGCGGCACAUUGGAGGCAGGCGAAAAAACACGGCAUCGACAGCAGUGUUGGCGAAAUGAGCAGCACCAGCUUCAGCAACGCAGUGACGGGGGUAACGUUAGCCAUGGCGAGUACGUCGACCUGCAACGAAAACAGCAUCAACUGCAGCGAGGACAACUUGAAGACCUGUCUAGGAAAAAAUGUAAAUUCCGCAUCCUGACAACAAUCGUCGCAGAAGGACAAAAGGAACAACGAUUCCCAUCACCGUCGAUCGUUGACGACCGAUGUUACUACUCCGAGAAACGGUGCGACACAGCAGAGUUGGAUUUAACGACCGAGUUAGAGAUGCGAAAUCUCUCAGUUCCACUCGGAUAAUAUUUUGCGAAUACAAUUAUCGUAAUACAAAUUGAAAUUUACGUGUAUGUGUGUGUGUGUGUGUGUGUGUAUGUGUGUGUAUGUUUGUGUCCCGGUGUGUUUGUAAUGUUUGUAAAAUAUCAGUGGCACCAAAGUCCUAACAAAUUUUAUGGAGAGAUAAAGUGACUUACAACCACUCAAAUAUUAUCGAAACCCAAAUCAUCCCCAAACGAAAUCUUUCCUGUAAAAAUCAAAUCAACCUCUUAAAAGGACGCUAUAUCCGCAUGUGUUGUCUCUGUCUUAUACAUGCGUAACAUAGUUAAAAACUGUUUUGUGCGGGACAACUUUGCUCCUUCGAUAUUUUAAUCAAAACAACCAAAAUUAUAAAUCCCAUUGGGAAGAACUUUACCUGUGACGUAGCGUUUUAAUUUUUUUGAUAACAUGAAUGCAAUUAAAGUUAUCGGUUUGAGAACUUUAGGUAUUUUUCAUUUAAUUAUUAAAAAUUAUUGGUUACCACUAUUAAAAAAUUAAAACGCUACAACACAGGUAAAUUUCUUCUCAAUGCGAUUUAAAAUUUUGGUAAUUUUGAUAUAAAUAUCGAGGGAGUAAAAUUGUCCCGCGCAAAACAAUUUUUAACUAUGUUACGCGUGUAUAAGACAGAGACAACACAUGCAGGUAUAGCGUCCUCUUAAUGGACUUAACUAGUUUUAAAGAACAAUCUUGUCCAAAUUACAAAUUAAAUUACAACUGCAAUCCUUGUGUGUACUCUGAGGCCACUGAUACAAAAGAUCAAACUUGAACAAUGACGCUUGGACACACGCAAUUUAAUUAUAUUAUAUAAUUUAUUAUUAUAACAUUUAAAAUAUAUUGUUCGCACUUCAGUACAUUAGUACAUGAUGUAAGAAAAUAGCACUGAAAUAUUCGAAAUCGUUUUUUCCAUCAGCAUGCACCAUUUACGGCCAACAAUAAAUUCCUAAUAAAAUAAUAUUAUGUUUAGUAUACUCUCGUCUCAACCGCCAUUCUGAAAUGAUUAUCCCAAUUUUGAUCUCAUUAUAAAUAUUAAUAUUGGUAGUUAUUGUGCUCACAAAAUUAUUGAUAUAUAUAUAAAUAUACAUAUAUCGGUACAAAAUAUUAUUUAAACGUUUCAAAAAUUAAUCAAAAACAAUUUAACUACUAAACAAGAUUUUUUCAUUAUCCGGUUUGGUAUUGUUUAAAUCAAUUUAAGUAUUCAAUUCCUAGUAGGAUUUAGCGUAUUUAUCUUUAUUGCGAUUUACUCGUAUUGUGAUAUUUUUUCUACAUGAAUAACUCUAUAACCAUAUUUUUUAAUAAAAUAUACAGUAUCUUCAAUGUAAGUAUUUUUUUUCUUUUUCGUGCCAUCAUUUGGAGAAAAAUAAUUCAUGAAAAAAUGUUAUUUACAGUGAGUCGUGGGUAUACUAAAUAUUUUCAAAACACUAAAUAAUUUCUUAAUCUUAAUCAUACCAUGAUAGACUAAGAUAAGUAUACCAAACAGGAAAUAUUUUAUAGAUUUUAUAGAAUAUGUUUAAUUAAAUGUAUUUUAAUAAAUCCAACUUUGAUAUUUUUUUUUCUUAAGUGAGAAAUACAACUCUUUAAACUUCAAUCUAAUUUAAUUUUGUUUUAGCCUUGUUAUUUUUUACUGUACAAAAAGUAAAAAGAAAAAAAAAUAGAAAAAAACAGUUUCUUACUAAUCAAAUAAUCAAUAGUCAAUAGAAAAAAAUUAAUUUUAAAUGUUUAUAAUAGUUAUUACUUUCGUAUCUAUUUAUUUUAUUGAUUGUUCAAUCAAUUAUUUUAUUUAUUAUUUAUAAAACUAAAAAUGUAAAGCAUAAUGCAUAUUAUUAUCAUAUUAUAUAUUCAAGCAAGCAUUAUUAUUCAUUUUGUUAUAUCGAACGAUUAACUUCAUAACUUUAUACAGCAAAACUAAAAUCCAAUCGAUAGCUUAAGUUGGAGGUUUCUUGAGCGUACCUAACUCAUUUAUUUAUUACUAUAAUAAAAAUCAUGUACUUAAGUACCAUUGUUGGAUAUACUUAACAAUACAAUUUAAUUUAAUAACAAUAUCCAGGUAUAUCUUAGUGUACAGUAAUUUAACGAAAUCUUUGGUUUUAACGCGCAACGUGUGGGCGUUAAAUAACAGUAAUUUAUACAUUUAUUUUCAUUUUCUUUUAAUCGAAUAACUACCUGCGAGGAAGCUUAUAAAAUACCCGAACCACCGCCGCCACCGCCGCUCAUCCUACGAAUACCACUUAUAAUUUAAUAAUAUGUACCUACGUGUGCGUCCGUAUAUAAGGAUUACGUGUGAUUUUAAUCCAUUACACAAACCCUCCAUGCGAGUCGUUGAUGCUGUGUAAACGGAUUCAAAGUCCUUGUUUCGCGGUUAAUUCCUCGUCCGUUCGAUAAAACUCGGUCAUUUCGAAAUAGCGCUCCAGGAAAUCACGUUCUAUGUAUACAUAUACGAAAUGUCACUGGAUUCAAUUUAUUAUUCAUAUGCCCAAUCUGAUAAAUAUCUAUCAAUUGUUUUAUUCACUUAAACACAAUGAUAUUUUGUCUAAGAAUUUAAACACAAAUGUAUAUAAUAUUAAGUCAACUUGCCAGAUUCUAAACGGGAAAAAAUCAGUUACGUUUUCAUAGAUUUUCGUUACCUGAAACGUAUUAUCAUAUCACUCUUACCAUACUAUUAUACUAAAGUUUCACUUCAUUCAAUCAUCAUCGCACUAUUAUCCAAGUAUUAACAAGUGGACGUCGUAGAUCCAUUGGACAGGCGACACAGCAUGUAAUCUUAUUAUUCUAACACAAAAAUGAUUCCAGUGUGAAGACAUUUAAAUGUUUUAUGGCUCAUCUUGAUUGUGCACUUACAACGAUCAUUAUCAAUAAUAAUUGAAUUGUUUCGUUUAACCAAUUUGCAUUGUAAUUCAUUAAAAACGUAUUGUUGCAGUCGUUGCAGACCUAAAUUAAAAAUAUAUAUUUUGUUAAAUUAAAGGUUGACCGGUAUUGUAUUUUUGAUUAGUGUUAUCUGUAUACAACCCUCAUUUGAAUUAGUUCACAUUAUUUCAUAAUUAUACAUAUAUAACACAUACCUCCACCCUCUUAUAUGCCAUUUUUUGAAUGUAUUCGUAUGCACUAUAUGUGUGUAUAGGGUAGGGAAAUCUAUCAAUCUCGUAAUUCUAUGUUAAAAAGUAAAAACAUAUUUAAAUUCAUAUAAAUAUUACUAAAGUUUGUUUGACAAAUUAAAAAUAUACAAUUUAAAAUACAUAAAUAAAUAAUGGAACAUGAUUAGGUCAGGUUAGAUAAGUUCUCACUAAAGCUAAAUACAAUAUACCUAAGACCAAUCAUUAUAAUAUUAAGUAUAGGAUCCUCUCACUGUUACAUAUUAUAUUUAUAAUUUCUUAUCAGUUUAUAAUAAUUAUUUCUUAUACUACUUCAUGUAAACAUUUAAUUUUUUUUUUUUUAUUUAACUAUUAAAUUUGUUAAAGGCUACAUGUAAAUAUAAAAUAAAUACAACUAAAAAAUAAUACAUGAUAAAAUGUGUGAAAAAAAUAACUUCAAGCAUCACGCUAAUAAAAUAGAUUGAAAAUAACCAUAACUAAAACAAAAAUAUAAAAUAUAAUUUUAAUACAAUUUGUGUUUGUGUACUACUAUAUGAGUCUUAAAUAAACAGGCAUCAAAAUGGCCCCUUGAAAAUAUAUUUACACGUUUUACUAAAAAAAUUAACAAAUCAGUAACAAUUAUUCUACAUAUUUUAUAUAAUUUCAAAUUAAGAAAUAUUAUUUAAUAUUAAAUAAAUUUAAUACAGAAAAAGGUCCCAUAUUGGUAAUAAUAAUCCUACUUGUUGUAGAAAUGGACUUUGGAAAAGUUAUUACACUGUGUGGUUGUGUAACUUUUUAAAUUAAUCUUAGAAAAUAAAGUAUGUAAUUCAAUUUUACUUUAUAACAUAAUAUAUAUUCCAAAAAUAAAAUCACACUUAUAGACACGCCUACGUUCUGUUAUUGUAUCAAUCAUAAGCCUCUUAGUUACGGGAGUAUAAUAACUGUGGAGUGAAUAAAGAAUAUUGUAAUAUAGAUCUAGGUAAUCUUAAAAAUGUUCGUUAAACAUGAUCGCUCUAACUGAAUACAAUUGCCGGAUCAAAUACGACACAGCCGUAUUCAAGGAGAGGUCGGAGAGGACAUACUAAAAUAACUUAAACGUAUCAUAAUGCACAAUGUAACACUUUUAUAACAGAUUGAUACUUUAAAUUCCUCGUCAAUCUCGUAACGAAACUUUGAAAUUUUAAAGCUUUAAAAGUAAUGACUUGCCAAUCAAUAAGAUGUCCAGUAUCAAAAGUAUGAUUAAAUCUAAAACCAAGGUUUCAAGGUCAAUUAUUAUUCAAAUAUAGAGGUAUUUAUCGGCAUCUAUUACCUAAUAAAUAAUAUAAUAGUAUAUUAUAUACUAUAAUGCCAUUAAUUUAAUCUAAUAGUGACUGAUGAGAAAUGGCCAAUGUUGUCGUUACACCCUGUUUUUGUUUAUGCACAGUGGGGAUGUAUAAGUCAUACACCUCCAAAAAAUAAGAACCUUCUAUUAUAUUUUGAUUAUUUUGGAGUAAAUAUUAUCAACAAAUACAUGAACGUUUACUAUAAAUACAGUAUACUGUAUAUUGAAGAAUAUAGGUACCUAGGUAUUAUUUUUCCAGCUAUGACAUAAUAUUAUGAAAUAAUCUUUUGUGGCUAAAGAUUAUUAAGCAAAGGUUAAUAUUGUAUAGAACAGAUUGGUCACAGAUAUGUAUUUAUUUAAAUAACACAAUAAUUAUAAUAUUAUUUGAUUGUAUUUUUAUCAUUAGUAUGCUUCGGCAAGUGUUAUUAUAAGCUGUAGGAUUUUUAUUUUGUGACGGUAGGGUAUGGCGGUGGGUUUUUGAAACACGUGUUCUCGUGUAUGAAACAUGACUUGAUCGUUAAGAACCCGAAUGGUUACCCAUCAGAGAACUAAUAACACUGGGCGAUGCUUGAUAAUAUCACCAUUUAAUAAUUUCAACCAAACACUACACCUCAAUAAUAUUAUUAUACUAUAUAUUUUUUAAAUAACUUUGAACACGGGUAAUGACUUUUUUAUUUAUCAUUAUGCAGUAUGCAAUACGGCUUAUAUGAAUGCAAGUACGUUUAUUACUUCUUUGUUAAUAAUUCGUUAUAACAGAAAUCCACUGUUAAAUUGUGUUGUUCGUAUAUUUAUUAUGGCUUUCUGUUUAAAAAAAUUAAAUAUUUUAUUGUUUAUAUUACUAUAAAUAUUAUCUAUUACCUAAGCUCUAUAAUACAUAAGUAAUAUUAAAUCAAUAAUAAUAUAAGCUAUAAAUUCAUAAAAAGAAGUACUCAAAAAGAAAUUAACGAUCAAGAUCUUCAGUUUCAAAUAUUUCCUUUCUAGUUGCAAUCAGCCCUAUUUAAAAAUUCAUCAACUAAAUAAAAAUAAUUCAUUAUUGAUUUGAGUAAUCAAGAGAGUGAACCAUGUCACAUUGAACUAGCAGUAAUUUAAAUUAAUAUAAUUUACUGACAGAAAAAUUAAUUUUAAAAUAAUUGUGACAGUUUUAUUUUGUAACUACGAUUUUAUCGUAUUUUACUUAUAUUAAAAUAAAGUACAUAGAUAAAUAUUUUUAAUUAUUUUUAAUAUAUAGACGGUGUGGAAGAUCUAGAGGUUAGAGAAUUCUUUACAAUUUGUGCACUCCCAACAUUUUGUUUUAGUCACACCUAAGGUUGUUCUGUAAAUACUUUAAAUUAGCUGAUUUAUCAACAGCUUUGAUAGAUUGAUUCACACCAUUUAGCCAUUGUUGUCACAACCUUCCACGUAGUCGUCUCUCAAAUAAGUUUUUAGUUUAUGUUAGUUUUAACUUUUAUAUUUUCAUUAUUAUUAUAAGAUCAGUAGUCAGUACCUAUAAUAUACCUCAAAAUAUUCAAUAAAUAAGUAUACAGUUACCACGUCUUAGAAGUACAUUUUCACAAUAAAACCAUAUUAUUUAACUAUGUACUAAUCAUUUUCUACUGUAUUAAAUUCACUGCAACAAUACUAAAAAAAAUUAUCAAAAAGUAUCCCGCUAAAAUAUCAAUAAAUUUAAAAACGGAGAUAAAGUCAUUUAACUUAGAAAUUAACACAUUUCAGAAUACGUAUAUAAGCCGAACCGGCUACUUGAAAUAAUAUGAUACAGUGAAUAUCUUCUUGGAUUGAUUAAUCGUGAAAAUAAUAAAAAUAUAUUACCCUUAUUUUUCAUAAAUGCGACGAAAUCCAACAUCGGUAAACGGUAUAUAUAAUAUAAUAUAAUAUCGUACGUUUUGAAACAUAUGUCACUGAUUCACCGAAAUACGUGAGGUCCUUAUUUUUAUUGUUUUUUUUUCUCGUAUUCGAUGACCAUUCAAAAUAUUAAAUUGCUAGUGUGUCAUAGUAUACACAUUUACACACAUACAUACAUGCAUACACCUGCACACACAUAUAUACAUGUAUGUACAAUGUACACAAAAGAAACUAAUGCGUAAUGACGUUAUAUUUACCGUCACCGACUUUUAAACUGAUCUGGUCAAAUAUUUCGGCCAUCGUACAAUUCGAAGCACGCGUAUGUACAUUUAUAAAUUAUAUAUAUAAUUUUAAAAUAAUAAUAAUAUGGUCGCUUCCAUUUUCCACAAAAUUUUAAAUAUAAGCUUUUGGGUGUGUCCCAUCAUACCCAUAUGUUUUAUACACAUGUUAAAUAAAUUUUUAAUAUUUCUAAACGAUCCCGCCACUUUAUCAUCUCCUUUUAUAAUACAAUAUUGUACAAAGUACAGCGCAAACCGACCAAACGCGUAUAAACAAAAAGUGUGUUCUUACAUAUAAGUAUAUAAUACCUUUAAUAUAUUUAUCAUAUUUUAUCGUUUCGCCGUACCUGUGUAAUACGUAUUUUCCCUGGUGGAUGGCUCUACGCGCACGCAAAACGUCUGUCUUCUGUUUACCGAUUUAUGACUUAAGUCCAAAAAGCCCCGCAUAACCUUGACUGUGCCAAAACACAUAUUGCAUUAUUGCCAUAAUACUAUACGUUCCUAAAUACUGUUAUAUAAUCAUAGGUAUAUAUUUUAAUAUUAAGUACCCAUAUUUAAUCUAUGAGUAUAAUAUUGUGUGUACAACUUUUAUUAUUACGCAUUAUUUAUAUUGUUGUUGUUAUUGUUGUUGUUGUUGUUGUUGUUGUUAUUGUGGAUGAUGUUUUUGCUGCACAACAGAACAGAAUAAUAUAGAAACACGACGUUUUUAAGCAAUAAAAGUUAUAUAAUAACACAUGUAUACCUACAGACUACACUAAUCCAUGAAUAACGUUGGUUUUAUUUAUUUUUUUAAAUUAAUAUCAAAUACUUCAAAAUAAAAUAUCAUUAUUGUAUAUAUUUAAAAUAGUUGAUAACCGUUAUUAAAAUAUAUUACGUAUCCCUUAAUAAUAUUAUUGUUCCAUUUAAUUAUUUAGCUCAAAUGCCACUUUAAUUAGUUACUUGUAUUGAACCUUUGUAAUUACACAGAGACUUAUUUGACUCAUUCCAAUGUAAAUUAACUUCCAAAAAAAAUGAAAAAUUUGGUAACAAUGGAUCAUUGAUGCGAAUAAUUUUUUAACAUAUUAUAUUAUUAAUAUAAUUAUUGUAUACUAGUAUAUAUAUAUUAGGUAGAUAAUAUUAUAGUGUAAUAGUUAACUAGACACAGCUCGCGUCUACUCGAAAAUAUAAUUCUAUCAACAACACUUGCUACAGAUACUGUCGACAUUAAUUUUUUGUAAAUUAUAUUAAUCGUCCGUACCUACUCCAAUAAUUUUGAGUUACCAUAUGUGAUUAUUUUUAAUUAUACCUAUUCAAUUUAAGGCUAUGAAAUAUUAUAUUGUAUGUGUGCGUGUGCGUAUUUUUAUGUUCAUGUGUGUGUGUGUGUAUGUGUGUGUGUUUUUUUUUUUUUAAUAAAUGCUUUUAACUGUAAA